UUAGGUUUUAUUUUUAGGUUAUGUCAUAGUAUAAAACUGCAACAAAAAUUUGACUAUUAUAUUAAAAAAAUAAUUUCUCACUUCACCAAAGCGCCAAUAUGAUGUCUCUUAACGUUAGUAGUAACUCAGUGAACCGUCGUCUACUCACAAACACUUUAAGGCGUCUUUAUGCCACCUCAAUUGAACCAGUGCGAAAAGAAGAGUCCCAAGAACAUUUUGAGAAGGAACUCAAAAAGUAUGAUAGGCUCACUAAUAUUACCAAAAGAACCAGGACUCAGAAGCCCCAAAGGGAACCUUUUGUUAAGAAUCUGGCGCUUGGUAUUUUUGACCAUGAAAUCCUUACUUUCCCCGAAAUGGAUUUGCCGGAGGUCAGAAAUGUAGAAAGUGAAGUCCAUAAUAUAUCACAAUUACUAUCGCAAAAACAUAUGGCAAAUAUUGAUACUCUAGCAAACAAAAGUUUCAGGCAAAAUCUUGCUGAUUAUCGAGCAAUUGCCCUAACAGCUUCACAGUUCUUAGACGCUCGUGAAGCUUGUCCUUUAGAAGUAAUGAGGUUCCUAGAAACUUUAUCGGAACACCAGUUGGGAGAUAAUUUAAUGCAUAAUGAAAUGUUAGGCUGUCAAGUGCUAAGUGAGUUUGCCAGUGAUGGUCUAAAAAAGAAAUAUUUAUACCCAGUUAUUAUGGGAGAACAACUUACCGCUUUUGCCCUAAGUGAACACAAUAUGAUGGAUGUUAUGUCCAUGAAUACUAAAGUGGAAUUGUCGAGUGAUAAAAAAUAUUGGAUUUUAAAUGGGAGUAAAUCCUAUGUAGUAAAUGGAGCUUCAGCAGAUUUUCUUAUUGUGUUUGCCAUAAGUGAAGUGGUGACGAGGGAUAAGGACAAAGAAACCAGUUUAACGGCUUUUUUGGUCGAGAAGAAUUUCCCCGGGGUGUCAUGGCAAAAAAUGGAACCGACGGAUAUCGAACUUACGGAAUUUAAUUUUGAAAAUGUCCAAGUUCCUACAGAAAACAUUAUUGGAAGGCUCCACUAUGGCGAAAAAAUCUUAAAAAGGGUCAUAAGGGAUUUUAGAUUGAGCUGUGGGCCAGCUUGUACUACCUUAUCAAAAUCAAUGAUUAAUAAUUUAUAUAAAACCCUGGUUAAAAGGGCCAGUGAAGAGUACGAUCUUAUGGCCACUGAUGCUAUUAGGUCUAAGUUAGGAGAGACUGCAAUGCAUCAUUAUGCUAUGGAAAGUGUGACAUAUUUAACAGCUGGAUUACUUGAUUGGUACCAGGACCAAGAUGUUGACGUAGAAAGUUCCAUUGUUAAGGUUUUGGCAUCAGAAGCCGCUUUAAAAAUAUCCACCACAUGUUUGGACCUCAUCGGAUUACCCGCGACAAUGAAAAACCAUUGGGCAAGAAAAUCGCACGAACAAAUUCUAAAUUAUUUGACCCUACAUGAAACCAACGAUAGCCAAAGGAUGUUUAUUGCUGUGAGCGCUUUACAGCACGCUGGGGUUCAUCUUUCGAAUAGAAUAAAAAAGCUGCGAAAUCCCUUGUUUCAUGCCACGUACAAUUUUGCCAGAAUGUUUACGCAACACAGACAAAAUAGCGACGAUCCCAAACUGGAUUUGAACUUGAUUGAAUGUUUGCAUCCUUCUUUGGACGCGCCGUCGAAACAGCUCGAGUAUUGCGUUAAAAGGCUCGAAUUUAUCACAGAAGCCAUUUUAAUGAACAACGGAGUCGAGUGUGUUAACGAACAUGUAGAACUAAGAAGACUGGCGGACGUUAUUAUCGAUUGUUACGCAAUGACGGCUGUUAUAGCACGUGCCUCAAGAGCUUACUGCAUAGGCCUACAAUUCGCCGAUUUCGAAGUCAUUUUGGCCUCAGUUUUCUGUAAUAUGGCCAUAGAGAGGGUUAGAGAUAAUGUCCGAAAUAUCGUGUAUGACAGUCACAAAGCGAACGAGAGAAGUCAUAAAGCUGUUGGGAAAAGAUUCGUGGAGAGUAAGGGGUAUUUUAUUCAAAACCCCAUUAGUCGGUUCUUUUAAGGGAGAUAGUUGAGUAAUGAAUGACACGAAGGGGUUUUAAGAUGUAUAAUGAGGUCGAAAGAGUUGUUUUGGUAUUAAGCUAUUUGGAAUAUCGAUUUUGGCAAAUGUACCAUCGCUGGAGGAGCUGUUUGUUCCGUUAGUUUAGAACGAGUUUAUUGUUUAAUAUCGUUGUAAAAGACACUGUUUAAUAAAUUGUUUUUAUUAAUA